CAAGACCUGAAAGACUGUGGUGUAUACAGGAAUCAGCUUAAGUGUUCAAUUAUGUGGCAUUUCUUAGCCAUCUUCCCAGGGGAGUUGGUAAGCACCAGAUGCAACGCUAUCAAUGACAUUUUGGUCAUAGAACCAUUGUUGGCUUAACCCAUCUCUUGCUUAUUUUAAAACAUUUUCUGAAUAGAGGUCAAGAACAUCGUCUUCGGCCUCAGAUAGCAUGGGUUUGACAAAGAUAGCAAGCUUUGUCACUUUCUGACUUUUGGACUUAGUUAACUCACCUGAAAAAUGGGAAUAAUAAUACAAGCCACAGUUAUGAGAAUUCAACGAGAUAAUGCAUGUACAGCACCUGGCACAUGGUAAAACGCUCAAUAAGUGGUAGUUAGUAGGCUUAAUGUAUCUCCGUGCCCAGGGGUAGCGCAGUAGCCAUGGGGAGCUCCUGAGAGAAAGCACAGCCUAAGGGGAGGAUUUGGGGCCUGGGAUGGCGAUGGCAGUUGGGCUGCAGUACCGUCUAGGCCGCAUUCCUCUCCUUGGGCCCCUAGCCACCCCCUCCCCGCCUGGUUCCCGGGCUGCAGACUCUUCCCUGCCCCCUCGCCCCCACUUCCCCACCGGAGGUCGAAGGCUGUAAACGUGGCGGGUGGAACCUUGUGUGGGCGGAACGCGAGUGCAACGGUGGGAGGCUUCCGGGGGAGCUGCACGGGCGACGGGUCGGCGGAGGCAGAAAAGCGCCGGACGCCGGGGUGAUCAUGGACGCUUGACAACCUGCGGGCAGGCGCCGGGAGGCCGAGCCAGCGACUAAGAGGACCGAGAGGUGGCGCGUACAGAUUUCAAGGCCAGAGAAUGGCAGGGGAACAGAAACCCUCAAGUAAUCUCCUGGAGCAGUUUAUUUUACUAGCCAAAGGUACCAGUGGCUCAGCCCUCACUGCUCUCAUAAGCCAGGUCUUAGAGGCUCCUGGAGUGUAUGUCUUUGGAGAACUUCUGGAGCUGGCCAACGUGCAGGAGCUUGCGGAAGGAGCUAAUGCUGCUUAUCUGCAGUUGUUGAACCUGUUUGCCUAUGGGACAUACCCAGAUUACAUAGCCAACAAGGAGAGCCUGCCAGAACUGAGCACAGCUCAGCAGAACAAGCUGAAGCAUCUUACCAUCGUGAGCUUGGCAUCAAGAAUGAAGUGUAUCCCCUACUCCGUGUUGCUGAAAGACCUGGAGAUGCGGAAUCUCCGGGAACUAGAAGACCUCAUCAUUGAGGCUGUCUACACUGACAUCAUCCAGGGCAAGCUGGACCAGCGAAACCAGCUGCUGGAAGUGGAUUUCUGCAUUGGCCGUGACAUCCGAAAGAAGGAUAUCAAUAAUAUUGUCAAGACCCUGCAUGAAUGGUGUGAUGGCUGUGAAGCAGUUCUGCUGGGCAUCGAGCAGCAAGUUCUGAGAGCCAACCAGUACAAAGAGAACCACAACCGAACUCAGCAGCAGGUAGAAGCAGAGGUUACCAACAUCAAGAAGACACUCAAAGCCACCGCAUCCUCCUCGGCUCAGGAGAUGGAGCAGCAGCUGGCUGAACGGGAGUGUCCCCCUCACGCUGAGCAGAGGCAGCCCACCAAGAAGAUGUCCAAAGUGAAAGGUCUGGUCUCCAGCCGCCACUAGGGCCGGCUGGGGCAGCUGGCACUCACCAGGCCUGGGUCAGGUGGGGAGGGGAUACCAAGGGCCCAUUUCCUCCCCUCUUUACCUGCAGUGAGUUCCAGACCUGCCCGUCCCCUCACCAGCGCCUCCCCACCCUGUUGGUACUGUUCCAGAAAAACUGUUACUCCCCCUCACUCACUCCCUCCUUCCCCAGUUGUUCCCUUCAGACUCAGGGGCUCCACCAAUGCCAUCCCAACAGGGUCAGACACUGCCCAGCUUCCCUCCAGGAGGUUCUUGUCUCUGUGUAAGGGCUUGUCUCCCUCCCAGUUUUUCUUUUGCUCCAUGUCAUUUUGUCAGGCUGGUUAUAAGCCGGAGGCAGCUUUAACCAGCCCCCAGAGAUGAUUGUGAAGGAGGCCCCUCCCCUUGUGAGGAGGGGGCGCUCCUUUCUAGCCCCUCGUACCACAAUCCUCAUGAUGGUGCAGCGAUUUCUAGCCAGGCGUCAAGAUGCGCUGCUUUCCCUCUCCUGCCUCAUCCCUUGUUGGCAGCUCCAGUUCAGGCCGUGGAGGGACGUGAUGCUGGGCUGUGUUUACUAAACCCACGGGUUUUCAGCCUCUUAAGCCCAGCUCCGAUCUCCGAUUAGUUGGGAGCACUGGGUUGACUAACCUCUGGUAUCUGAGCACAGACAGAGGGUGCUGUGGGUCUGCUGGGUGGCAGAGAUGGUUCCUUCCAGCUUGGCGUUCUCUCCUGGCCACUCUUCCUGCUGCCUCUGACUACUCAGCCUUGUUUUCGGUGUGUAGGCCCCAGUUGCCCACUGGAACUGCCGGCUAAUGCUUGCUCUCCCGAGAUCUUUAACUCCUCCUGGCUGCACCUGGGUAGGGAUGGUGGCAUCGAUGCCCCUCUGUCUGCUGAAGGAUCUGUUGCUGCUUCUGUCUUUUCACCCCUCCUUGGCUGAUGACCCAGAGCCCUCUGAUGAUGGCAUUCUCCUGGCAAGAGAAAAAGACUUAACUAGACUUCUGAACUUGAACAGUUUCAGGUUAUAUUUUAAUUUUUUUUUUUUUUGUACAGGUUCUGAUUCUAAUACAUUUCAACAUGCUUUUGUC